GCCCUUAGAGCUGGUCACGUGCGCGGAAGGUCCCCGUGGGCGACGCGUGCGCCGUGAGUGCCCCGCGAGGAGAGGGGCGGGGCCGCCGGCGCGAGCCGCCGACGGUUAAAGGCAACAGAAGUUGAAAACACCCUCCUCGCUUUGCUCUGAGUCUCCCCACUAUCUUCAGCAUGGCUGGUGGCAUUACUGACACUGGAGAGCUUUACUCUCCCUAUGUUGGUCUGGUUUACAUGUUCAACCUCAUCGUCGGAACAGGAGCCCUAACCAUGCCGAAGGCCUUUGCAACAGCAGGGUGGCUCGUCAGCCUUGUUCUCCUAAUGUUCCUGGGGUUUAUGAGCUAUAUGACGACAACCUUUGUGGUAGAAGCCAUGGCUGCUGCAAAUGCCCAGCUGCGAUGGAAGAGAAUGGAAAAACACAAGGAGGAUGAUGAGGAUGAAGAUUCUUCCUCUGGAGUGUCUGACAGUGAUGUUCUUCUCCACGAUGGCUAUGAGCGAGCAGAGACACGACCUAUCCUGUCAGUUCAGAGACGUGGCUCACCCAAUAUCUUUGAAAUCACUGAGAGGGUGGAAAUGGGCCAGAUGGCUUCCAUGUUCUUCAAUAAAGUGGGUGUCAACCUCUUCUAUUUCUGCAUAAUUAUCUACCUCUAUGGAGACCUGGCGAUCUACGCAGCAGCUGUACCAGUCUCCCUCAUGCAAGUGACCUGCAGUGCCACUGGCAACCAUUCUUGCAGCGUUGGAGAUGGCACAAAGUAUAAUGAUACAGACAAGUGCUGGGGACCGAUCCGACGGAUUGAUGCUUACAGACUCUAUCUGGCAGCAUUCACUCUCCUCCUGGGUCCUUUCACCUUCUUCAAUGUGCAGAAGACCAAGUAUCUUCAAAUCAUGACGUCCCUCAUGAGAUGGAUAGCUUUCAUCCUCAUGAUUAUUCUGGCCCUCAUCCGCAUCAGCAGAGGCCAAGCUGAAGGUCACCCGUCCAUGGCCCAGCUGUCGGGUAUCCGCAAUCUCUUUGGGGUGUGCGUCUACUCCUUCAUGUGCCAGCACUCCCUGCCAUCCCUCAUCACACCCAUCUCCAAGAAGAAGCAUGUCAACAAGCUUGUGCUGCUCGAUUACAUCCUGAUCCUGGCUUUCUACAGCCUCCUGUCCUUCACUGCCAUUUACUGCUUCCGCAAUGACACCCUCAUGGACAUGUACACGCUCAACUUCACCAACUGCGAGAUCAUCAACGUCGCCUUCAUUCGUUACUUCCUGGGCCUCUUCCCCGUCUUCACCAUCAGCACCAACUUCCCCAUCAUCGCAGUGACCCUGCGCAACAACUGGAAGACCCUUUUCCACAGAGAAGGGGGGACCUACCCGUGGGUGGUGGAUAGGAUUGUCUUUCCUGCCAUCACGCUGAUUCCCCCAGUGCUGGUGGCUUUCUGCACCCACGAUCUGGAGUCCUUGGUGGGGAUCACGGGAGCCUAUGCAGGGAAUGGGAUCCAGUAUCUCAUUCCAGCUUUCCUUGCGUACUGCAGUCGGAAGGACACUCAGCUGGUCUUCGGCAGCGGGACGGUUAACAAGCACCUCUCCCCUUUCCGACACACCUUCUGGAUUGUGUUCGUGCUCAUAUGGGGCUUUUCUUGCUUUGUCUUUGUGACAGCAAACAUUGUCCUGAGCGAGUCAAAACUCUGACUGGGGGUAGCAGCACGCUCCCCCGGGGCUCCAGAGACUUCAGCAUUUCAGCUCCCCUUCUGGGACUGUGGAGCGGGGAGAGGCAGCGUGAAGGGAGGUUUCCAGGCCAUCGGCUUGGUGGCACAGGUUUAGACCUGGACACAGACUUUCUUCACUCCAUUUUGGGUGUGGAUGGAGUGGACCCAGCCUUGUUACAAUCCUUGUUCUCAGACUCGCUCUACAAAGCCACGGGGCUGAGCCCUUGGCAGCCUGCACGAUUAGCCAGUGUCCAGCCGUUUCUGCCUUCAGCUCUGUUGGAGCAUCACUUUUGCCGUCCCUACAGCGGCUCUCUGUGUGCUGCAGGUCUCGGCACACAGGAGAGCAGACAGCCUUGGCUGCUCACUACGCUGGUCGGCUAAAUGUUCCUUCUCCCAAAGGCAGGGGUGUGCUGUGCAGAAUCUGGUAGGAGUUUGGGAGAACUGAGUCUCUUCUUUCUGCUGAGACCACUUCAAACCAACCUCCUGUGCCAGCUGAGGGAAGAAAUUAGGGUGGGAAUAGGCCUAGUUCAGAAGAAAAUAAUUUUGUGCUGUUACAUUUUCUUUUUCUAGAGGCAUUAACCUGUCUGUGCACCACGGAUCGCCUGGGAUCUGGGAUCUUUUGCUUAGAGCUGGAUUUCUCCAGCCCAGGAGUUUACAUUCACACUCCUCAUCCUGUUCUCCUGUGCUGUGGCCGCCCCAGCCGGACAGAGCAAUGCCCCAACGCGUGCAGGGAUGCAGCUCUUUGCCCCUGGAAAGGGAACUGCAGCCUCGCUUCCCUCGGCUCCCGCAUGGCAGAGCCCUUCUCCCUCCCUCACCUUUGCACGGGCCUGGCUCUGACUCCAGUGGUCAGGAUUCCUGUGGGCUGGGGAGGUGCUAAUUACCCAGUCCCGACACGCGUGAGGCCUGCAGGAGCUCUGGCUGUGCGCACUGAUGUGUUUCCAGUCUCCUGCGCUGGGUAAUUAGCCUUGAAACAAGGUGGGUGUUAACUCGAGGGAAUGGGCUGGUGCCAGGAGGAAGCGGCAGUGCCUGGGCUCAGCCGUGCCUGCCUGCAGGAGCAGAGCUCCCAGGUGUGGUGGGGGAGCGGAAACUGAAGCCCUGCUCGAACUGGGCUUGAAUCCCCCCUCUUCUCUUUCUGCACAGGGUUGAGGUGCGCUUUGGGCUGCUCCUGCUCAGCUUCUCUGAGAAUUGGGCUGCCUGUUACCUUCAGCACCCAGUGUUCUAGGUGAGCCUCUGCUUUCGAGGCUGCUGGUGGUCACUAUAAUACGAGACGGUGUCAAACAGCGCUGGGUCCUGUCCUCUGAGGCCCUUGGGCAAAUGUCGUCUGGGCUUUCCUAACAAAAGGAAGAACUUUAGAAGUUUUCACCUGAAAUAUUUUAAGCCCCACUUAUUAGAGCAGGUUCAAAGCCAGGUGCACGUCACUUAUGUUAGAUCCUCUUGCCCUCUGCACUUGCUGCAAUAUUAAGUGUCACCGCUCACUAAAGCAAGCUUUGAACUGCAGCUCUUUUUAAUCAAGCUCUGUUUUCAAGUAGGACUUUCUAGUUUCCAUAUGACCUGAAGUGCUCCUCCUGGGGGAAUAUGCAAGUACCUGGAGCUGCAUAAAAACACUUCAUGGCUUUUAAAGCAAAACCCUGCACCUCUCGAGCCUGAGCACCGACUGCCACUAUGUCCUUGCUGAGCUGCUUGGAGAGGAUGCGGGGGGACUGUUUGCCUCCCCUCCACCUUGAUCCUAAACGGGCAUCGGCAGCCCCCCCUAGUGAAUUUAAACAUCCCCAAGUGCUCCAGGAAACCGAUGUGGCAUUUUCAGUGCCAAAUUAACAAGUUACUUUACAGGUAGCUGAUGCAGGUAGCUGAUGCUGGUUUGGGAAGAGUUGGUUGGAGGGCAAAUUCAUGGGGUGAGCUGGGAGCCACCUGCGAGGCAGCUGGGAGCUGGGCAGAGCCGGAGGGAGGAAUUUAAUGCUGAUGAAAUGAGCCUUUGGAAAGCUGGAGAGGCUGCCGGAGCUGUUCCUCUGCACAAGUGCACACGUGUGGGUUUAUGGAGGGGGCCGAGGCCCUUCCCACUGCACUGCCUGCCCUGGGCUGCCCGUGCUCUGCAACGCGCUUGGCUCAGCCUCUGUCCCUUCAAGCGCCCAUUUCAAUCUCUCGCCUUCACAUUUCAGUGCCAGCCAGAGAACGGGGCCGUUCUCUCUUUUUCCAUCUCCUCCCAUCCUUCCUUCCCCUCUUAGGGCUGCCCUUGGGCUCCCUCCCGUCCUCCCUGUUUCACACAGCGCAGCCUCCUGCCUGCCUCGCCUGGGGUGGGAGGAGAGGGAGCCCAGCCUGGCGCACCCUCGCCUGCCAUCUCCUACCGCUCAAGACGUGCCUUCUCUCCCCUGGCCUGGGUGACCACCUCUCCUCCUCGGCGCGGUCUGUGGCAGUGACUUCUAAGGGGCCUUACCUCUAAGAGCUGCUUGGAUCCAGGUUCUGGAUGCAGCGGCAGGGUGAGGGCUCACAUCCCAGCCCCAGCCUUUGCCGCGGUACCUUACCGAGAAGGAGCACGAGCGCUUUCUUAAAUAAAAAACAGCAAAUUCCCUGACACCCGCUGUCCUUGCACAGCAGCAAAACAAAUCUAUCCAAGGAAUUGGGGUGACUAACGGCAAGAAGCUCUACGGCAGAGAGAACAUUUUUCAUACAAAACAUGACAUAGCGAUGCCUUAAAAAUUACUGGAGAAAGCGGGAAGGGGAGGGCUCGGUGGAGCCAGCGCUGGCUAGGGUACGCUGGGUGACCCCAGCUCGGCACGGGGCAGGAGCCUCCCUCCUCUUGCCCAUCACAAAUUAGUCUAAUUUUUAUUUGGCUGUUACCAACACUAACAAUUCAUUAUUACAGAUUCUCGCGUGAUGCUUGUCCUGACUGUAAUUAGUUUUCAAAAAAUGGAAUUAAAACCAAUAAAGUGCACAUUAUACA